AUGCCUAGAGCUAAUGGCUGCUAUUGCCUAGAGAGUUACCAGUGUGUGUACCUGUCUAGUUGGAAAGGAAAUUUUUAUGAAGAAUCCAAUGACUGCAAAACGAAUCCUUGUAAGAACAAUUCCACCUGUACUGACCUUUACAACAGCUACCGCUGUGAAUGUACAUCUGGCUGGACUGGACAAAACUGUAGUGAGGAAAUCAAUGAAUGUGACUCUGACCCAUGCCUGAAUGGAGCCCUCUGUCAUGAAUCAACCAUCCCAGGGCAAUUUGUGUGUCUGUGCCCACCCUUUUUCACGGGAAAAUUUUGCCAGGAAUAUCGUAGCUCCUGUGAUCCACUUAAUGACCCUUGCAGAAACAAUGCAACGUGCUUGACUUUGGUAGAUGGACAACGUUACUGUGUUUGUAGAGAAGGAUUUGAAGGUGAACACUGUGAAAUUAACACGAAUGAGUGCUUCUCUCUUCCCUGCCAGAAUUAUGGUGACUGUGAAGAUGGGGUCAACAGUUUCAGGUGUGUUUGCAGACCCGGGUUUUCUGGACCUCUGUGUGAAAUUGAAACUAAUGAGUGUUCCUCUAAACCUUGCAAAAAUAAUGGAACCUGUGUGGAUCUAACAAACAGAUUUUUAUGUAAUGGUGAACCUGGCUACAGUGGAUCUUUCUGUGAAUUGGAUAUGAAUGAAUGUGAAACCUCACCUUGUCCAGAUGGAGAAAAUUGUGUCAACAGAACUGGUGGCUACAAGUGCCUGUGUGCUCCUGGUUAUACAGGCAUCGACUGUGCAGUGAGUGUUGGAGACUGUCUAUCAAAGCCGUGUCUCCAUGAUGGGGCCUGGACUGAUGGCGUCAAUCACUACACCUGUGACUGCCAGAGUGGGUUUUUGGGAACACAUUGUGAAACCAAUGCAAAUGAUUGCCUCUCGAAUCCUUGUCUUCAUGGAAGAUGCGUAGAUCUCAUUAAUGAGUAUCAGUGUUUAUGUGAGGCAGGAUGGACUGGCUCAAGAUGUGAGACCAAGAUUAAUGACUGCACAUCCGUCUCUUGUUUGAACGAAGGCAUCUGUCAGAAGUCAGUGCACGGUGUCACUUGCAUUUGCCCCGGUGGGUACACUGGUGUGUACUGUGAAAUGCACGUUGACGGUUCUGCGGAGCCUGAACCGAAUUUAGUCCUCUGUCUUAACGGAGGCAUUUGUGUAGAUGGAGCUGGACGCACUUUGUACUGCAGGUCAGUAUUUAUUGAUGCACAAUUUGCUAACUAUAUAUUUAGGAAAGCUUCUAAACAUCCUGCUAGCAAUGCCCUCUGAAAUACGGAGACUGAGUUCUUAAGUCAGUUGUCGUCUUUAAAAAAUGUAAGCACAUAUUUGCAAUCAAUUCUACAAAGUAUUGCUUGUUUUUCCAAAUACCAUGUAUUCAUAGCUGUCCCAUGUUGGACUUCCAAAUUUAAUCAUCCUUC